GAUCUCCCUCUUUCGAAUCUUCCGCUUCUUCUUCUCUCUCUCCCUCUACAAAAAUUUUCUCUGUCUAAAAAAAGAAAAAAAAAAUCCUCUCUGAGAAUGGAAUCGUGAAUCUUGUCGGAUUCGGGUCGCGAUGCGGGCGAGGGAGAUGCACCCGCUCUGCUGCAUCUCGAUCGAUUGCCCUGGGAUAGCGGAUCAAGAUCCGGAUCCUGAGCCCGCUACCGACAAUGCCGACGGAUCCGACGUCGUCGUCGCCGGAGUCCUGCAGAAGUGGACCAACUUCGGCCGGGGGUGGAGGAAGCGCUGGUUCUCCCUCCGAAACGGCGUCUUGACCUACGCCAAGAUGGGGCCGAGCAAGGAUCAGGAUCCGAACGCGAAUCCGAAUCCGAUUCCGAGUCCGGAUUUGGAUCCGUCGCCGGAGGACGUCCGGUUCAUUGGAUCCGCGUCCGCCGCCAGGUCUCGGGUCGGGAAGCAGCAGAAACCGAUCGGAUUUGUUUAUCUCAAGAUCUCAUCAUUUCGUGAAAGCAAGUCUGAUGAUAGACGAUUCUAUAUAUUCUCUCCCACAAAGACUCUUCAUUUGAGAACUGACUCAAAAGAAGAUCGUGUGGCCUGGAUUGAAGCUUUAGUGUCUGCAAGAAGCAAAUUUUCACUGAAUGACAAGUUAUCUUUGGUACACAAUGAUGAUGUAUCAUUUUCAACUAAAAAACUUAGAGACCGUAUGAACAGUGAAGGACUCAGUGAGGCUGUCAUCAAGGACUGUGAGCAGAUCAUGCAAUCAGAAUUCUCAGAGUUCCAAAGACAGUUGAAACUUCGGUAUGAAGAGCAGCUUCACCUGCUUGGCACAUUCAGGCAGCAGUUGGAGGAUGUUAAUGUGGAGGAAGAUUCCAGAACAAUUCGUGAGGGCUCAUUACAGUUGAUGAAGAAUGAGUUUUCUAGCUCUGGUCAUGGAAAAUACAGCGAGUAUAGUGCGACAGAAUCAUCUGAGGAUGUGGAAAAGCAAGAGGCUGAUGACUCUUCAGAUGAAGAAUGUUGUUUUUUUGAUACAAAGGAGGGUUUUGCUGAAUCUCCUAUUAAUGGUCCAUCUUUGAUGCUAGAAACAGACCAUUGUAACACUGUUUGCAGAAGUGAAAAUCACGGGAAUGAUCUGAACAUGAUGCAUAUUGAUGCUGGAUAUAGUGAUCUUAAGUUUCCACAUGUAGAAAGGCGUAAGGAACUGCCACAACCUAUUGAGAAGGAAAAAGGUGUGAGCCUUUGGUCAAUAAUUAAAGAUAAUGUUGGAAAGGAUCUCACUCGAAUAUGCCUCCCUGUUUACUUCAAUGAACCUCUGUCAUCGCUGCAGAAGUGCUUUGAAGACUUGGAGUAUUCCUAUCUCUUGGAUCGAGCAUAUGAAUAUGGAAAGAUGGGAAACAGUGUCAUGAGAAUGCUGAAUAUAGCUGCCUUUGCAGUCUCUGGAUAUGCUUCUACUGAAGGCCGGCCCUGUAAACCAUUCAAUCCUCUGUUAGGGGAGACUUAUGAAGCUGAUUUUCCCGAAAAGGGACUUCGUUUUUUCUCUGAGAAGGUUAGCCACCAUCCAAUGCUCAUUGCCUGCCAUUGUGAGGGAAGAGGUUGGAGAUUCUGGGGAGACAGCAAUGUCAGGAGUAAAUUUUGGGGCAGAUCUAUUCAACUAGAUCCUCUUGGUGUUUUAACCUUGGAAUUUGAUGAUGGUGAAAUAUUUCAAUGGAGCAAGGUAACGACUAGUAUCUAUAAUCUCAUCCUUGGUAAAAUAUACUGUGAUCACCAUGGUACAAUGAGCAUACAAGGAAACCGCCAAUAUUCAUGUAAGCUUAAGUUCAAAGAGCAAUCUCUUCUUGACCGCAACCCUCGCCAAGUGCAAGGCUUUGUAGAGGAUACUAUGGGAAACAAAGUUGCUGCUUUGAUAGGGAAAUGGGAUGACAGCAUGUACUAUAUUACUGGAGAUGAUGUUUCUAAAACCAAGCUAUCAACAGAGAAUGCCACUUUGUUAUGGAAAAGAAACAAACCUCCUGAAAAUCCUACUCGGUACAACUUGUCAUCUUUUGCAAUAACACUAAAUGAGUUGACACCAAACCUUCAGGGGAAACUUCCACCUACGGAUUCAAGACUUCGUCCAGAUCAAAGAUAUCUUGAAAAUGGCGAGUAUGAAAAGGCAUUUGCAGAAAAGCUUCGAUUGGAGACGAGACAACGGAUGUCACGUAAAUUGCAGGAAAAUGGGUGGAAACCGAGAUGGUUUCAAAAGGACGACAAAACUGGGACAUUUCGCUACAUUGGCGGAUACUGGGAAGCAAGAGAUCGAAAGAAAUGGGAAGAUUGCCCCAAUAUAUUUGGUGAGUUCUCAGUUGAUCAGAAUGUUACAAAUUUGUGAUUAACACAAGGCGAAAGUAUUAGGUUGCAACUAUGUCAAUAGCCUAGAGAUCGUUGGAGAUUCUAGUAAUUUUUUGGUGCAAGCAAUUCACUUGCAUAUACAUUAGACGAAACUCGCGGAAUACUUGAAAAACAGCGGAAUCACUAAUCAAAGUGUGCAUAUAUGUAAUUUUAUCGUUUUCCUCUUCAUCCUUCUUUUCGUUUCAAAAUUGACAAGGUGAUGGGACAUUAGAUUAUAGUUUCUUGCUGGAAAUCACCAGAUUGUUUGAACACUUCAGAUUGAAUUGUUAUAUACUGUUUUUUUUACCCCCUCCAUUUGAAAAGUUCUAAACAUUUAAUUCUA